AUGUCCGUCUCAGUAUCAUUCGGUUCUGCACCAUCGACAUUUGACCGUCAGCGCCCUGUUCCACAACAGCGAAGUUCUAAUUCUCAGACAUACCUUCCGCAGACGCUUGUCUUGGGACUGUUCCUGCUUAUCUUCGGGGCGCAGAUCGCGGUUAACAUGGCGCAGAUGAGACGGGUUCAGAGACGGAGGCUUGGAGAGGGGAUUCGGAGGACCAUCGUUGUUAAUGGGCCGGAGCCGGGGCGCCAGGAGGGAGAAACAGUAGUAGGAGAGCGGAGGGAUGGAGGUGAGGGAGUAGUUAGAGAGGGUGCUAGGGAAGAGCCUGGGGAAGAGCCUGGGGAGCGUCUUGAGACUAGGGACGCCGGAUAA